UGUAAACAAGAAAAGAGUUAGAAUAACAAUAAUUUAUUCACCAAAAUAAUUUAAUAUCAUUUAGUACAGUAUAAAAAUGCGAUUCAUUGCUUUCCUUUGUUAAAAAAUCGAUUCGUGUUCCUCUCUUCGUACCCUUUCCUGACACCUCAUCUCUCCCACCUCCUCCGCUCCGUUCCGUUCCGUUCCGUUCUUCAGUCUCCCCCGUUAAAAGGUAAAAUUAAUCAAUAAACCACCUCUCGGUUAUCGUCUUUCCGGUUUACUCCUCUCCUGAUUUACGGUCCGAGUUUCUCUGAUUCUGAUCCGAUCGGUCGAAGAUUAGAUCAAACCAAACCAAACCAAACCGAUAGUCGCUGAGAUUUGACCGGCGAUUUAUGAACUCCACGUCGAAUCAGUUACUCCAGCCGACGACGAGCUCUCUCCGGAAACGGAAGACAAAAUCGCCGCCGUCUGCACCUCCGUCUACCUCUCACUCUCCAUCGACGAAAUGGAGAUCGGAGAAGCAGCAACAAAUCUACACCACGAAGCUUGCACGUGCCCUAAGGGACCUCCGAGUCACUCAACCAUCCUCCUCCUUCUCGCCUCCUCGCGAUGACGGCAGAGCCGUGCGCGAAGUCGCCGACAGAGCCUUGGCGGUUACGGCGAGAGGCAAAACACGUUGGAGCCGGGCGAUGAUAUCCAAAGCAGUGAAACUCAAACUCAGGAAACACAAACGGCGGAGACUCUCUAAUCCGGUUACGUCCCCGGCAGUCACCACCGGGAGUCUCCGGUCAAAGACGGUUACUAGGGUUGAGGCUAAAGGUGUGGCGUCUGUGCAGAGGAAGGUGAGAGCGCUGAGCCGGUUAGUUCCCGGUUGCCGUAAACAGACGUUACCGGUGGUUCUGGAAGAGACGACGGAUUAUAUAGCUGCCAUGGAGAUGCAGAUUCGUACCAUGACUGCUAUUCUCUCCGCCGUCAGCUCUCCGACAGGUCAUGAAGGGGGACAGACACAUGUGCUUGAUUUCAGAUAUGCGAAAUGAGGUUAAAAAAAAAGUAUAGAGAAGUUGAACACAAUCUAUCGGUAACAUGGUUGAUAAAGACAAGACAUAAAGACAUGACCAUGAUGAUGACUCACAUGCUCCGUUCUGAAAAGAGAAGUAUUUAAUCGACCACAGUGUAUAUAUUUUCUGACCAGCUUGAUUUUAUUCUUUGUUUUUGGUCGGCCAAAAGGCACUGAAUUUGGUGAAACUGUUGGUGUUUUUUGGAUGAAUAGUUGAUAGCAAAAUAAAUAAAUAAGCCAAUUUAUGAAA